AUGGAUGGGUCUUGCCUCAGGCAAGAAUUUCCAAGGAGCAAGAAAAUUCUUAGAAGACAUAACAAAAUUGACUCAGGCGAGAGACCUCAUACAUGUAACAAAUGUGGAAAAUCUUUCAGGUUGAGGACAAUUUUAAAUGCACAUAAUAGAAUUCACACAGCUGGAAAACCAUAUGAAUGCAACCAAUCUGGGAAGUCCUUCACCUGGAAAACUCAACUCAGUAUUCAUCAGGUAACUCAUACAGGAGAGAAACCUUAUAAAUGUAACACAUGUGAAAAGUGUUUCAUGUGGAAAGCACCACUACUAAUGCAUCAGAGAACUCAUACAGGAGAGAAACCUUAUAAACACAACACAUGUGGAAAGUCUUUUCCCCAGAAAUCACACAUCAGUGUUCACGAGACGACAAAUUCAGGAGAGAAACCAUAUAAAUGUAAGACAUGUGGAAAGUCUUUUGCCUGGCAAUCAUACCGAAGUGUUCAUGAGAGAACACAUACAGGAGAGAAACCUUAUAAAUGUAACACAUGUGGAAAGUCUUUUACCCAGAAACCAUACCUAAGUCUUCAUGAGAGAACACAUACAGGAGAGAAACCUUAUAAAUGUAACACAUGUGGAAAGUCUUUUACCCAGAAACCAUACCUAAGUCUUCAUGAGAGAACACAUACAGGAGAGAAACCUUAUAAAUGUAACACAUGUGGAAAGUCUUUUACCCAGAAAUCACACCUAAGUCUUCAUGAGGGAACACAUACAGGAGAGAAGCCUUAUAAAUGUAACACAUGUGGAAAGUCGUUUACCCAGAAAUCACACCUACGUAUUCAUGAUAGAAUACAUACAGGAGAGAAACCUUAUAAAUGUAACACAUGUGGAAAGUCUUUUACCAGCAAAUCACACCUACGUCUUCAUGAGAGAACACAUACAGGAGAGAAACCUUAUAAAUGUAACACAUGUGGUAAGUCUUUUACCCAGAAAUCAAGCGUUACUGUUCAUGAGAGAACACAUACAGGAGACAAACCUUAUAAAUGUAACACAUGUGGAAAGUCUUUUGUCUCGAAAUCACAUCUACGUCUUCAUGAGAGAACACAUACAGGAGAGAAACCUUAUAAAUGUAACACAUGUGGAAAGUCUUUUACCCAUAAAUCAAGAAUUACUGUUCAUGAGAAAACACAUACAGGAAAGAAACCUUAUACAUGUAACACAUGUGGAAUGUCUUUUACCCAGAAAUCAAGCGUUAUGUUUCAUGAGAGAACCCAUACAUGA